AUGAAGUGUCAAGAGGUGUGCAAAUGUCUCCUUGGCGAGAGAACACCGGAAGAUGUCCGAAAAGUAAUAAAAACUGCAAAAUUACAUGAAUCAGAAUUAACUGAGAUUACACAAGUACUCAGAUUUCCGGAGGCCAGCAAACGCAACGAUAAUUUGAGGCUUAUGAAGUUAGAUAGCUACCUUUUAAAAUAUAUCGAAGAUGGCAAGCAAUUAGUAUUCAAAGGGGACCCAGAUGAAAAUGUAGUAUUAUGUACAGAUAAUAAAACGUAUGAUGUAAAAGAAGCGGAGACGUCAAACAGUUUGUUAUUAGUCCCCGAUUUAUUAUUUGCAGCGUCCACAGGUCUCGAUAUGACGAUAGCCAAUCACUCUAUGGAAGGCGAUUCAGAUUCAUCUUUCGAAAGGUCAAACACCAGCCUAAAUAAAUCCACUGACUCCGAUGACGGAAGACCACCCAGAACAGUUGUCCAUAAAGACAUCGCCAACACCUUUUUCACAUAUUACGAAUUGAAACCGUGUAAACCUCGUCUAUUAAAGCUAUCCAGACUUCUGGAAAGCGUCAAAUUCCAAGGUCUGGAACUCGAAUACAAGAUCGACAAGUCCAAACUAUUGAACUAUGACGCCAUUUACGAUCUAGUUCAAGCUUCACACUCUGAACUGGAUUGCGAGUUACGAAAAAUUCAAGCUAUAAACAUCGAUGGAUAUUAUAGGCUAUUGGAUUUUGACUAUGAAUUUCGCGUCCUUUCAUAUAUGCUGGACCUCAUCGAAGAGAAUUCGUGGCCUUUAGAUAGGAUAUCCAAGGAAUUAACUAUGGAUAGUUUAAAGGACCUAGCGCCCACGUGUAUCAUAGAAGCACUAUUUGGUUUCUACACGGUAGAGACAAUAAACGAAGAUGGCGUACAAUACUUUCAAUAUAAAGAGGAUAAAGUCUGUAGGUUUUUAGCGAGGGUACUGUUGAAGAGUGCGGGUAGAUUCAACUUGGCCGAGUUCAUGCAGGCCUGGCGCGAUUCUGUACCAGAAGGGAUGACGACGAACGAGUCUCAAUUGAUCGGUAUAGCUAUUGUGGACAAAACCACCACCCCACAAGUUAUCUGGGGCUUUUCCGAGUCUGAUCUGCCAGAAGAUAUCAACGAAAGGUUCCGAGUUUUAUUCCAUACGAAACCUAAGUGGACUGUUGCUGAAAUCACUCCAUACAUUCAAUCAUACGCAACCGAGAAGUUAAACGUAAACGCUUUGUUAACGAAACAUGCGCGUGCGUCGACACAAAAUGGCGUUCGAGUGUUCUCAGCCAAACAUAUGAAUUAA